AUGGCAUCCUCUCCGUCUGCACAAGCAACGACAGACAGAAACCGGCUCACCACCCUCCCCGUAGAAACUUAUCUGUCCAUCUUAUCCUAUCUGCCUAACAGUGAUAUCAAGAACUUGCGCUUGACAUGCUCCUCCUUGAGCAACAUUGCGUAUCUUCGACUGAAGCGGGUGUUCCUGUCCGUUAAUCGCCGCGAUAUUGAUGUUUUUCGAGCUAUAGCUAGCCAUGAAACACUCUGCCAGAAGGUCGUCGAGAUCAUCUGGGACGACACUCAGUUUAUUUCCUGGAAGCUGGAGGAGGUCGUAAGGGAGGACGGCUACCUUGUCGGGGCGGUCACCGGCGCUGUGUAUGACGGAUCCACCGAUAGAGGAGGUACAGUCAAGCGUUGCCCCAAGUGGUUCACGCGCGGCUGCGUGGAUAACAUCCAUGAACUUGGCUGUUGUACGUACGACGAGGUAGAAGAUGCGGAACUUAUCAAGAGGAGAGCGCAAGUGUCUGCACUGAUACCCCCCUGGGACUCUUGGACACAUUACCAACGGCUCACACAGGAGCAAGAGGAAGUGAUCCGCUCCAGGGCCGAUGUUGACGCUCUGAAGUUUGGCCUCGACCGGUUCCCGGCUCUGAAGAGGGUGACGCUUAUCCCGUCUGCGCAUAAACAGCUGUUUACGCCUUUGUACGAUACCCCGAUGAUCCGAAGCCUACCUUAUACGUUCAACUACCCGAUGCCGUGUAUUUGGACAGGCUUGGAUGAGUCUGGAAUCCCGGAUCAUGCCGUCCCAUGGAAUGACAAGCUGGUCAUCGACACCACUGGCCUCAACACCGGCGUGAACUAUCACAUCUUCAACACCCCGUGCCGUGAGUCCUUUGAUCUGGACACGCUGCUCCGACAGCCUGGCUUCCGCCAUCUAGACCUGAACCUCUUCGUCGGCUGGGAAAAGGACGAUGUCUGGUUACCGUUCCGCCAUUGCCUUCUGCACAGUUGCCUGUCUCAAUGCUCGGAUCUAGAAUAUAUAUCUUUCCGCACCAAUAGGGGGAUCUAUGCCACGGAUGACUUGUCGAUGGACCACUUCAUACCCCUUCAAUCCAUCUUUCCCGUCGAGAAAUGGCCCCGACUGAAACACUUUGCCCUCUCGAGUUUUCCCGUCGUGCAGUCCGACCUGCUUGCCUUGCUGGCUGGACUACCUCCUACGCUGCGCUCCGUCGAGCUCAGCCAGCUCCUCUUCAUCGAUGAAGAAGAGUGUUACACCUCUCUGCUGGAGCAGAUGCGUAACACGCUCCACUGGGGCGACAGGCCAGAAGAGGAGAGGCCGCGGGUGUCCUUUUGGCCCAGACAGCCUUCAGGCAUGCCACAUAUUUACGCCUGGAUGGAAAACUCGGUGGAGAAUUUCCUUUAUGGCGGUGGGGAGAACCCGAUGCACAGAGGACCUGGCCGGCGUAUGUAUUUUUCUGGAUGA